GCCAAAAUGUCGGGAGCGGACGGCGCGAAAUGCGGCGGCCGGCUCUGGCCGCUGGGCGCUCCCGGCGCGGCGGUGCUGUGGUCGGCCGUGCAGCCGGAGGACCCCUCUUCCGCGUGUGACUCGAGUAUGGACGGCGUCGGGCUGUGCGCGUCUCCCCGCGACGGCGACGCGGCCGCGGCCGACCCGGGCCGGCCGAAGCAGGCACGCAGGCGCGCCGAGAGGACCGACAGCGCCGAGAGUUCAGACAGCGGCAUCCUGGCGCCGGGCAGUUGCGGCACGAGCGACGUCACGUCGCUGGGUCCGAGCUCGCCGCUCUCACCGCGCUCGGCCGGCUCGGAGGCCAGCGACGCCGGCUUCGCCGACGACUCGGCCAUGCCGCCCAGCCAGCCGCCGUCCGAGGCGAGCAGCGUCGACUCGGGCCUCGGCCGCGCCAGCCCCUCGCGCCGCUGCCUCUGGCAGGGCUGCAAGGUGUUCGACCGGCCCGGCUCGGCCGCCUGGCUGGAGCGGCACGUGCUCACGCACGGCGGCAGCAAGCCGUUCCGCUGUAUAGUCGACGGCUGCUCGCAGCGGUUCUCCUCGCAGUCGGUGUUGGAGCGGCACGUCAACGGCCACUUCAACCCGACGCCGCCGGUGAAGCGGCCCGACGCGUCGACCAAGUUGUCACGGCGCAGCAGCCGGCGCGCUAUCCAGGAGGAGCACCCCUACUCGGCGCGCAUCUUCGACUUCUGCGACGCGACCGUGAUGGAGCGGCUGCGGUACCAGCUGGUGCGCGUGGACGGAGCGCUGGAGCGGCUGGCGCCCGUCUCGGGCCGCGGCCUCCAGCUCUCAGCUCAGGUGAUCGCUCGCAGAACGUGCGCAGACAACAAGCCCGAGCUGCUCGUGCGCUGGAAGCCGGCGGACAUAGUCGAUGACGAGUGGAUGCCGGCGCACGCGUUCCGGCCGACGCGGCACGUGCCGUGCUGCCAGCUGCCGGCGGCGGCGGCGCAGCGCGUGGCCAACGCCGUGGGCGGGCCGCCGGCGCGCCACCGGCGCAAGGGCCGGCCGGCGUAGCGCGCCGCCGCCGGCCGCCGGCCGCCAACGUUCCUACCGCGCCUGCUGCGCCGCUGGACCGCCGGACCGCCGGACCACGGGACCACCGGGUCAUCGGACCACCGGGUCGCCGGACCGUCGGACCAUUGGACCACUGGACCACCGGGUUAACGGGCCGUCGGACCAUUGGACCAUUGGACCACUAGACCACUGGACCGCCGGACCAUCGGACCAACGGGCCACCGGACCACCGGACCAUCGGACCACCGGACCACCGGACCGCCGGACCACCGGACCGCCGGGCCACUGCUCAGGGCAGCUCCUCGUCGUGUCGGCAGCGAGUCUCCAGUACAAAUUGUUCUAAUGUUGAUGCGUGUAUGUCGUAGUGGGUAAGGAAGGGCGGCCGAACGGGGCGCCCCCAGGCGGCGCAGUUUCGGCUGCGCGCCGCCAGGGGCGCCGACUAGUAAGUCGGGUUGAAGAGACCAGCGAUACCACUGCCAGUAGUUAGCUCGGUCGGCUUGGACCAGGACCCAUUCCGACCCCCGCUCCAGUUUUGCAGUUUUGUACAUACCUGUACUCCUGUGCGUGAUGUUUGUGUAGUACAAGACGUAUCACUGCCCGCACACUGCCAAUGCCCACUAGUGCCAUCUAGCCGAUUUGUGCCGCGUCAGCUGUCGAUCUCGCGCGCCGCGCGGCGGGCGGCCGGCCGGCCGCGGCGGCCCGCGCGCCCGCCGCCGGCCGCAGUACUCACUUUCCAGCCGAUCUCGUUUUAGCGCGCCCGCACGGACGGCUUCAUCCACACAGACACGCGGCGCUCCGGGUCGCGCCGGCCUCUGCCCGACCCUGGCGUUGUUAGUGUAACCGCGCGUGGCCUCACGGUGACGAACAGGGCGCUCCGAGGAGCCGCAACGGCGGGUGUCAAAGGCUCGCAUCUAGAUGCUCGGUUUGUCCCCGCGUCAUCGUCGGACGUCGUAGCGGACGGCGUGGCGCCUGUGGUGCAUUCGUUUUCAAAGUAACAAAGGGCAAAAUUUUUUCGUUUGCUUUGGUCAUGUUCCUUUCAUUGAUGAAGAUUGCCUCAAACCGUUUGUUUCAUGAUUGGUUUCGUGUUGCUCAUUGGUAGUGGCGGAGGCGAUCACCGAUCUCUCCAUGGCGAGUCUGGUAUGCAUACACUGCCAGGGCCAUGCAUACUCGCGAGUCCUCGCGGUGUUGUGCAUUUUUCCGUGCGGUUCUGUGCGCUCAUAUUGGAUCGCACAACACUAGCAUUCGUGGACCGUUCGACGUAACUCAUCAUGGGCUGCAUAAUGCGACAACUUUGGAAACAUGCUCACUUCUUCCACGAUCAUUUGCCGACCAUCGACGACAUGGUCUCGACACCGUGAUGUUCGCGUCGCGUCUACCCAAAUCUGAUCAAACCUCAGCGCGUCGGCGUGCUGCGAGCGGGCGCGUUACUAUCGACAUACAGCGGACGGUGGCGCCCCACUGCGUGCCUCUCCGUCGCCACCGCGUGUUCAGCGUGGUGUCCGUGUUCGUUGUGCGGCACUGCACAGCCGACAGUGCGGCCUCACGCCCGUAGGUGGCCGGUGUGUCUGUAAGUGUGACUUAGAGGCUAUGACGUCUGUGCGGCGAGCGUAAGGUCACAGGGCAGGCUUCCUGUGGUCAUCACUAUGUUCUCGUCCGAGGAGCGCCCAUGACGUGCACCUUGAUUAUCGAUAACUUAAGACAAAUGAAUCGUUAUGUCGUGUUUCACUUGGUCCAGUCUCUCACUAUGGCGGCCGCCACGCGCGAUUUGCUCAUGUGCGUGUGGUUUGUGUGCGUAGACGGUUAUUUAUUCACGAUUGCGUGCCGCCUUGUUUUGUCGUAGGAGCUGUUCCGUUGUCGACGGCAGCAGCCUGGCAGCCGCACCCCUGCGGCCGGUGGCUCCCGCGCCGCGCCGUCGCUGCCGACCUCAUCGUGCCGUUCAUUGCUCAGCGGUCGGGGCGUGACCCGUUUGUCACGUCUCGACGUCCUUACUGUAGAGUGUGAGCCCCUGUCAGUGCACGCGCACUUAUCAUAGCCGUGUGGCUGUUGGUUGUUUGUGCGCGUAAAUGUACGUGUGGUCGUGCGGAUGUGUAUAUAUGCCGGAGGCAAACUGGAAACGUGUACUUAUGUGGUUCAUAUGUUGUCCAUACUUGGGCACCCUGAGAAGUGAUCCUCUCGUUUUUAAUAAAGCGGUUUGUAUUGA